UAUCGUCCUGCAGGGGGCGCGCGCGAGCUGGCUCCGUGCGAGUCCGUCGUCCGACUGGUCCCCGCGUGACCCGAGCCAGCGGUUGGCUUAUAAGGCCGGCUCGCUGCUGGGCGUUAACACCUCCUGACCAGAGCCACCCCAGGUGCGUCUCCUCCUGGGAAGUUCUGCCGCCGAGCGGGCCCUCGCCCGACCGUCUGCGUCUGUUGGACGGCCGGGUACCCCGGCCCCCAGGGAGGAUGUUUUUGACCAGUAUCUUGGAUUUUUCCUUCUUCUAGAUUUGGAAUUCUACACUAAAGUCAUCAUGGGCAUUUUCCAGAGACUGAUGAAAAAUAAGGAACUCAUUCCUUUGGCGGUUAUCAUAAGUACGGCGGCCAUCGGAGCUACGUCUUUCGCCUUGUAUGCUUUGCAAAAAACCGACGUGGUUAUUGAUCGAAAAAGAAACCCAGAGCCUUGGGAGAGGGUGGAUCCUACUCAACCUCAGAAGCUUAUGACCAUCAACCAGGAGUGGAAGGCAGUGGAAGAGCUGCAGAAAGUCCGGAGGGCAACCAGAUGAUGGCUCUUGGCUCCUCCCUUCUGUAGAGCACUCUAUGAAUCUGGUGGAAACACUUCCGCACAGACUAGCUCUUGAGACCAGUGUGCGGAAAUGCUUCUGCUACGUUUGUAGGGUUUGCCUGCUUUCUUUGGAUCCUGUGUAAGCAACUGAAGGUAGCACACAGUCCGGAAACAGUUUUCUGUGUUUACUGGUGUAAAUUUUAAUUUUACAUUUGAAAUUUUAUGUUCCCGAUGCUUGGGGGUAUUCCUUGAAAUGUAUAAACAUGUAUAAAUUAGAUUACUAGCUGUAAUAAAAUA